GCACCAAAAAUCAUGACCAGAAAACAUUCACGUUCACAAUUACCACCAAGCUGGCUAAAGAAUUCUGAGACUGGAAGAAAAUCAUCAAUUGAUUCAACCGGUACUAAAGACAGCAGUAAUGGUAAUAUAAUAGAAACAAGGCAAACCACUGCAACUCCUUCUUCAUUACAAAGAGAGAAUAGUACAAGUAGUCUUUCUGGUAGUAAUAGUAUGAGCAGAAGAAAUUCAAAUGGUAAAAGAUUAAAGAGAUAUACUAAUGAUAGCAAUAAAUCAUCUAAUGAUGAUAUUAGUUUACCACCAAGCACACCAACAACAACUUCAGUAAGUCGACAAAAUAGUUCAACAAGUAUGGGAUUCUAUACUGAAAAUAACAACAACAGUACCACCACUGGGGCUGCUAACGAUAAUAACGAAGAAAAUACACAACAUCGUGAUAGUGGAUAUUUCGGAGGAGUCGUUAUGGAUGUUAAGAGAAGAUCACAAAGCAGUAUGGCAAUGGUACGACGAGGAUCCAAAGAUGUUUCACAUCUUUCUCAAAACUCAUUUGGUAGAAGUUCACCUGAAAGUGAAGAAGUAGCAGGCAUCAUGGCAGGAAAUGGUGAACGUAGAGGAUCAAUAGUACAACAUCAUACACACACAAGAUCAGAAACACCACCAUGUGUUAAUGUAUAUGAUAGAUUAUCAAGAAGUCAUACACAUUCAAGUUCUGCCAAAAACACACCAACAAAAAAAGCAAUGAAGGACUUUAACAAUAGUGAACGAAGAGGCAGUUUUAGUGAACAACGAAGAGAUAGUUUUAGUGAACAACGAAGGGGUAGUUUUAGUAAAUCACAUAUAAAACAAAAUAGUGGAGGAGUUGACAGUGCGUUAGCAGCAUUAGAAGGUAAAAAUAAAUCAACAGCCACAACAACGACUAUCGAUUAA